UAAUCAAUCAAGAAACUCAUUCGAUAGAUAAGGGGUAUUCAUGUAAUUUAAGUAAAUCCGGAUAAGACUAUCUUUUUUCCUCAUCACCCCCCAACUAAAUGAGAAAUUCGCAGUAAUUCAGUGUUCAGAGAAGCUUCAGAAAAAUGGAGUCUUGCUCUUUCCAAAGAGCUCCCACAUUAAUCUGCCCAAAUAAUUCAACACCCACCAUUAAACCCACUUCAAAAUUCAUAAUUCCCACCUCAAAAAUCCACAAAAACAUACUUUCUAUCUCCUCAAAACCCACUUACCUUAAAGCCACUCUCAGAAACCCUAAAGGAUUUGGUGCCCCAAAUAAAAAGAUCAAAAAAAGCAAGAAAAUCAACAAUGAAGAUGAUGAAGAAGAAGAUGAAGAUGAUGAUGAAGUUGAAGAAGCAGAACAAGGGAUAAUCCCAGAAAUUGUUACAAACAGAAUGAUUAAUAGGAUGGCAUUUUCAGUUGGGGUACCUCUGUUUAUAGGGUUAGCAUUUUUCCCAUUUUUUUAUUAUCUAAAAGUGGGGUUAAAAAUUGAUGUACCAACUUGGGUGCCCUUUAUUGUGUCCUUUAUCUUCUUUGGGACUGCCCUUUUAGGGGUUAGUUAUGGGAUUGUGUCCUCUAGUUGGGAUCCUUUAAGGGAAGGUUCUUUCUGGGGUUGGCAAGAAGCUCAAAAGAAUUGGCCUGUUUUCUGGCAAUCGCUUAGAGGUACUGAUUCUACUAAGAAAUAAAUUAAAUUUAUACUGUUGAUACUAUAUUUUACCAAUUUAUGAGUACUAAUCACAAUAUUGGUUGAUUGUAAUUGUUGUGAAGUUUAUGCAUUUGAUAAGUGGUUGGUUUUAGGCUUUCA